CCAACCGAGAAAUAUGUAGCCGUAGAGCAAAGUGGCUGGUAAACAGGCUAUCACGGAGAAGCUAGCUGUUAGCAACAUGUUAGCCCAGCCAUUGAAGACGCUAAUCGUAGUUGCUAAGCGACCUAUAUUCAGCAGCAGCAGAGCCGACUAGCAUAGGGAGAGCUGUUGUGUGUUCUGUUACUUUAGCUUAGCGUUACCUGUAGAGAUAGGAACAGGUGGAUAGAACACGUGUAAUCAGACAUUGUUAUCUCAGUACAACUCAACGUAAGCUUAUCGAACAAAACAGGCGACAUAUUAAUGCUUUAAGUGAAGGGGUUAAGUUUGGACAUUGCUAACUACUUCGGCUGAAUAGCGACUGAUGUUUUAAACUAAGUUAUCCUUGAAGUGAGCGUGAAACAGAUCAUACGGGCUGGCGACUGAAUAUUAGCAUCUAAUGCCACUGUGAAACAGCGAGGACUAAUCAACAGAACCGAGGCAAUAAAGACUCGGGUUACACUCCUUCGUCAGAUGGCGUUCUGCCUGGCUGAGCUGCACUUGUGGUCCACCAAGAGCUCAUUGCAAGUCAAAGAUACAGAUAUUGGCACCUAUCAGUACUACGAUAAAGGAGAGCCAGCCAAUCCUUUAGACUAUCACUAUUACAAUGACAAACUCCAUUUCUGUGAAGCUCGAGGCUAUUCGUGGAACCCCAGGAACCGCCGACCGGAGAAGCUACGUGAUUCGUUGAAGGAGUUAGAGGAGCUGUUGCUGACCAACACCUGCGUUCACACCAGAUGGAGAAACAAGCAUUGUUGCCAGCUUAUGCUGAGCAGUGGCAUAAUGGUGACCCUGACACUGAAGGGACCUCAACUGGAACAAGUUUGUGUAGACCGCACAUUAGUGGGCCGACUACCAGCAAACACUGUGACUGAUGCGGUGCUCGGUGAUGGGCUGAUUCUGCUGACCUUCCUGGAGCAGAGCCAGGUGUGUGCAGUUUAUGUCAACAAGAAGAACCCGAACUCCGCAGAGAGCGGCAGACGAACGGACAAACUGUCGUCCUCUGAAAUCAAGAUUGUGUGUGUGGAGGUGAGUGGACGGGGACGGAGGCUCCAAAGACAUGUGGGUCUCAACCAUCUCCAAGAUGUCGCAUUGUGUUGGUGGAACCUGGAUGAGCCCGGUGAGGACCUGUGGCCCUGGACUCCAGCAGACACACACAGGAACAACCUGGUCCUGCUGGGCUGCUCAGCCACCGAUGGCCUCAAGAUUCUUAACACCAUCCGGACAGAGGGCAAUCCUCUGGACUGUAAAUUCAGUCUUCUCCAGCCAUACCAGCUCCUGUCCGUGGAACUGCCCAUCAGACCCCAGGGGCCCACAGAAGGGUCCUGGGCUGACACCUGUGUGUAUGAAUGUGCACGUGGACGCCUGCACCGCCUCUCUGUCACCCGGAUCCCUCUGCCCUCCCAACCUGUCUCUUGCUCACGUCACCCCUCAGAGACCACACUUCUCCUGGGCUUGAAGGACUCCUCUCUGAUCCUGUAUGACCAGCGACGGGGGGUCUCUCUCCUAGCCUCCUGCCCUGUGCCACCUACCCUCCUCUCCUGGCACCCAUCUGGGGCAGUUGUGAUGGUGGGAGGAGGACAAGAGGAGCUGAUGUGCUUUGAUAUAGGCUUGGCUCCUCUAAGCAUGGCAUUGGUCGCUGAAGAGGUGGCUUCAGCUGCCACCCUACGGCUAGCUCAGCACCUGCGCUGCUCUGGGGGGCUGGAGGGGCUGCAGUGGGGGUCAGGCCUGGAUGGAGGCCCGGAGGGCACAGAUUUACUGAUGCUGGCCUUCCAUGGAGGACCACUUGCUGCUUUGAGAUUCAGAUUGGGUACACUGUCUGGAGGACUAAUGGGUCCAGAGGAACUGCUGCAGCAGAGGCUGCGCUGUGGUCAGGUCAGGGAGGCACUGGGCAUCCUGGAGGCCAUGGACUUUAACACCAUUGGAGACGAGUGUUACAGAGGUUUGACCUCUGUCGUCAGCUACCUGCUGAAGCUGGAGCUGAAUGCUGAGAGAGAAGCCCAACUGGAGGCAGCCUUAGGUGUGUUUUAUGCCCCGCCUGCUCCUAUGUCUGAUACAGUGAUUUUAGAAUACAAAGAUCCAAUAAGCAACUACGCCCGACGCUUUUUCCACCACCUCCUCAGGCACCAGCGCUUUGAGAAGGCCUUCCUCCUUGCUGUCGAUUUAGAUGACAGAGACUUAUUUAUGGACCUCCAUUAUGUUGCCAGCGAUAAGGAUGAGUUGGUGCUAGCAGAUGUGGCCAAGAGGAAAGCUAAUGAAAUCGAGGCCCAAGCCAACGCAGGCAGUGAUUUCCUGCGAGGACCUAAUGGCGAGUGCACUUCCAGCCUCGGGGACAGACAGACAGAGAGGAACCAAAGUGCAACAGGACCUUCAUAUUCAAACAUUCCCACAACAAAUUCUGGGCCAAGAGCCAGUCAGAGGAGACCACAGCCUGAAAACAUUCGUGUGACCGUCAACACAGACGCCUUCAGGUCAUUGAGACACACAGGCGGUGGUGAUGGCAGCAGGGGUGUGGAAAAUGAAAAUGAAGACCCUGGGAUGCUUCAUGUGGUGCAUUUGGGAACGGUUUGACGACACACACUCAUUAAAACAGACUUCCAUGUACUAAUACUAAUUUCUAAUCGUGGUACAGAACAGAGGAUGCCUGUAGAGUAACUAUUUUUGUAAGUUAAUUUGUACAAUUGUGAUAAAGUUUGUACAGUACAGACUCAAAAACAGUGUUUGUUUCAUAUACAGAAAAACAUUUUUAUUUUUUUUAAAUACCUGUCACUUUAUUUAUACCAUUCCUAACAACCCAAAAACAUGGCUUGGUUGUGAAUAAUUCAGGUUAUUUGCUGUCUAAGUAAAGUCUGAACCAAAUGAAAACAUUUACACCAGGUUUUGCCUUUAAAAACAUGACAGAAAAUGUUUAAAACCUUGCCAUUAAUAAGACUGAAAAAAUAAAGACUUCUAUUAUACUUCCAUCACUGCUGAUAUUGA